AUGGAUACACUACUAACGGCCGAAAUUGUGGCCAAUUCCCCUCGGUUCCGAAGGAAAUCAUCGACAUUCGUUGAUGCAAUCCAUGAUUUGCCUGAGAAGGCCGAUUUGGCACCAGCCCAACUGUAUAGCACGGAGUCUGGUCGACUUUUCCAUUCUGGAAGGAUUGUGAUCAUCACUGUAGGCCUACCAGCGAGGGGCAAGACACACAUAUCUGUGGCAUUAGCGCGCUACCUUCGAUGGUUGGUAUUCCUGUCGAAUCGGUCAUGCUGUCAUUGCUUAUGGAAUUGCAGGCUAGGUGUAAAAACUAGGAUCUUCCACCUUGGAGAUUACAGACGAGCCACGAUACCGGUUGGUCAAGACAUCCCAGAUGAUUACUUUUUUGUCAAUGCAUCCGCAUCAUCGGUUCUAUUGAGGCAAAAGAUCAUGAAAAGAUGUCGUGAAGACAUAUACCAGUACUUGAAUUUCGAAAAUGGCCAAAUUGCGAUAUAUGAUGCUGUCAAUCCUUUAGCCUCUGGCCGACGAUCGCUUGCGAAGGAGUUUGCUAAACAAGAUAUUGAGACGCUCUUCAUCGAAUCGUGGUGCGAUGACGAGCGCAUCAUUGAGGAAAAUGUUCGCAGAGUCAAGAUCUCAUCCCCAGACUACGUUGGCUGGUCAUCGGAGGAUGCGGUGAAGCACUACUUGGCCAGGAUAUCUGCCAGAAUCCCUCAAUUUCAGACAAUGGAGGAGAAAGAUUUGAAUUAUAUCAAGAUGAUAAACGCGGGAGAAAGACUGAUUGUCAACAACAAAAGUUUCGGUUAUUUAUCUAACCGAAUUGUGUUCUAUCUUCUCAACCUUCACAUCAAGUCCAGGCAUACCUACUUUGCACGAGCCGGUGUUUCUUUGGAGGCAGAUUCCUAUAAAGCCGAUGCGUCUCUGUCUGAGCAGGGAGAGGACUACGCAAAGAAAAUGACUGAACGUCUCCUGCAGCAUAGGGAAUCUGAAAAACAGGCCAUGAUCGACCGUGGAGAGACGGAUUAUGAACUCAAACCACUGACAGUUUGGACAUCCACAAGACGCAGGACGGUUGAGACCGCGAAAUAUUUAUAUGAAAAGGGGUACAAAGUCCGGCAACGCUCACAAAUGAGCCAGCUGAACCCUGGUGUUUGCGAGAAAAUGUCUGAGCGAAGAAUUCGCGAAGAGUAUCCGGACGAGGUGGCUAAGCAUGAGCUCGAUCCUUACCACCAUCGGUACCCUCGAGCGGAGUCCUACCAUGACCUUGCGGUGCGACUUGAACCCAUCAUUUUAGAACUUGAACGGGAGCAGAACGAUCUUCUCAUCAUAGCUCAUGAAAGCGUACUAAGAGUCCUCUAUGGUUACCUCAUGGCGUGCAAUGCUGCUGAUAUUCCAUUCCUGGAGUUUCCACGUGAUGAAAUCAUCGAAGUAAGGACACAAUUAAUGCCCCCUAAACUACAGAGCAGCCGACUAACCAGGUCGUUCAGAUUAUCCCGGAAAGCUACCAAAAUGAGGCGCGCAGAAUACACAUCCCUAAUUUGCCAAAAGAGAUUAUACCUGGCUCUCCGCAAGAUAUUAAGAUUCCUGUACCUCCCAGUGGGGUACCCUCUCCCUUGGUUGGAGGAAUAG